AUGGUUGAAGGAAAUACAAACCAGGGAACAGAAAGUAGCCAGGAAACUGUGGAAGCUACUGUCAUUCUGCAUUUAGAGACUUUGGUCAACGUUUCAACAGCAGAACAAGAUUCGACAGCCGCAGCGUGUCUGGACCAGGGGUCUGGGACAAUGGAUGGUCCAGAACUGAACCUUCACUCCCCUCCUACAGGACAAGAUUCCACAGCCAACGUGGUUAUGGACCAGGAGUCUGGGACUACAGUCGAUCCAGAACAGGAUUUAAACCUUCCUCCUACAGGACAAGUGCUGAUUUCAAACAUCUACUCUCAACAUACUGGAGAAAAACCAAAAGCCAAAGUGACCAUCAAACCUGCUCAACAUGUAUUCAGAGGAGAGACAGUCACUCUCAGAUGUGACAUAUAUGAUGAAGGAGUCACUAGAUGGCGCUACAGCUGGUAUAAAAAAGGUUCAAUCGGUGUUUUCAGUGAUAAACAGGAACACACAUUCAGUCCUGUUAAAGAGGUUGACACAGGUAAAUACUCCUGUUAUGGAGAAGAGACAGAAGGAUCACAGACAACACACAGUGAUGAAAUUACACUGAGAGUAUCAGGUGAUGAUUUCUCAACUUCAGUUCCCAGAGCAGUUUUAAGUGUUUCUCCACAGAUGUGGUUGACUGAAGGAGAUUCAGUGACUCUGAUCUGUGAGGUUAACGGCUCCUCUACAGGCUGGACAUUCAGCUGGUUCACUGAGACUGUCUCAUCAGACUACAGCAAUCAUUAUAAUCUGCUCUCAGACAGCAGCAGAGGAGCUGGAGGAAACUACACUGUCAGUUCUGCUGCUCUAAAUCACACAGGAGUUUAUGUGUGCAGAGCAGAGAGAGGAAAACCAGCCUAUAACUCAACCAUCAGCAACACACAGUUAAUAUGGGUCACUGGUGUUUCUCCUCCAGUCUCUCUGAUCAUCAGUCCCAACAGAACUCAACACUUCACAUCUGUCUCUGUCUCUCUGAGCUGUGAGGACCAGAGUGACUCUACUGGAUGGAGAGUGAGAAGAAACACAGACAGAUUUGGGCUGAAAUAUUGUUCAUCAUCAGUGUGGGGAUCACAAACAGGAUCUACAUGUACAAUCAGAUCCACCAUCAUAUGGGACACUGGAGUGUACUGGUGUGAGUCUGAAUCUGGAGAGAAAAAUCAUCCUGUUAAUAUCACUGUACACUCUGAUGUGAUUCUGGAGAGUCCUGUUCAUCCUGUGACUGAAGGAGAUACUCUGACUCUACACUGUUUAUAUCAAAAUACAACACCACCAAACCUCAGAGCUGAUUUCUAUAAAGAUGAAUCACUCAUCCAGAGUCAAACUACAGAGAUGAUCAUCUCUACUGUCUCAAAGUCACAUGAGGGUUUCUACUACUGCAAACACCCAGAGAGAGGAGAGUCACCCAAGAGCUGGAUCUCAGUCACAGCUUCCUCCAGAAGAUCAGGAUCUGAUGGUCUCAAUCCUGUGAUAGUUGGAGUGUCUGCUGGACUGACUGUCACAUUUUUGAUUGUUGUCUUCUUGGUCCUGUUGUGGCGCUACAGAAACAACAAAGGGACUGAUCAUAUUUAUGACUCCACUGAUGCAACAAUUAAUAAAGACACACAAAUAAGCACAGACACUGUAAGUGGAGCUACUGAACUCACCAAUGCUGAGAUUGAACUCAAAUCUACAGAGAAACAGACAAAAAAAGAAAAUAAAGGGAAAACCAGUGAAAGUUCAGACACUGUUUACUAUAAACUGACCCUGGUGACCCAUCAAGCUGCCGGAUCUAGUUAUGUGACGUUUGCUCAGAUUGAAUCUCCAAUGGCUGAAGUAGAUACUUUCAAUCACAGGACCCUGACGAGUUUAGGUUGAGAAGGGCUGGAGAAUGACCAGGAUUGUCAAUUAUUUAUCAUCUUUGUGAUUCUGAACGCUUGGCAAAAGUUUUUUUUCGAUAUUUAAUGUCCAUGAUUAUCUUUUUAGCUCUGUUCUGUAUUAUUAAAGGUUACGUCAUUACAUGGAAAAGUCGUCUUUUUUGUAAAGCUUUUUUUUUUUUUUUUUUAACUGUUG